ACAAAACCCGUAAGACAUAAUUGAGCAGCUGCGCCGCGAGUCAAAAAUCGCAGGGCGCGAAAAAAACGUCAACAGGCCGCCUCUGACCCUCUGCGCAACCCCCAAGCAGCCACAAAGCACCACACCGGACGAAACGAACUAGCAGCACCAGAAAACAAAAAACCACCUCCAUGAGUUUCGCCGCCGCCGAGCGCGCGACGACGCAACCGGACGCCACGACGGACCGCGCGGCCAACGCCUUGCGCCAGCUGCGCCAGAACGUGGCCCUGCUCGAACGGCUCUGCGACAUGGUCGACUCCGCGGGCGCGGCCGGCGCCGACGCCGAGCUGCGCCAGCAGGUCGCGGUCCAGCGCGGCGUCGUCGAGGACCUCACGCGGGCGACGCGGCGGCACCUCACGGAAUUGCUGCGGGACGCCGAGAACAGCCCGCCCGCGACGGCCCCGCGGAGACGUGCCGCGCACGUUCCCACCGGCGUGGUACCUUUUGUGUUUUUACGUCGCGUCGACGGCGUGGAGGGGGCGCGAGAUCCGCCACGGCCGCCGCUCAUUCCCGUCGUCUGCGCGAUGGCUUGAGGUGGACACUUGUGGUCUCCUCGACGCCAUCAUUGCGUUCAUGUGAAGGUAACGUCGGCUGGGGCCAAGGUGGAGGUACCGUGGGCUAAACCGUAGGAGAGAGAGAGACGCGGUCGCGCGUAUAGCACUCUCGUCGUGUCGGCUCGCGCGGCUCCCUGGAGAGGCGGUCUACGUCCACGGCUGGCGUGAGAGCCGCUGGUGCGGCGAACGCCGGCGCGACGGCGCCGCCGUCCGUCGAGCACCGCCGGCGCUGCCGACGCCGACGAGAGGAAACAAUCGCCACACCGAGAGGACGUCGAUCGCCGUACCGUAAAAGACAAACACAACACAGGCGCGCCUCCGCACGGACUUCGAGCGCGUCGAGGACCGGAUCCGCCAGGCGACGCGGCGCCUCGGCCGCGUCGCCGCGGCGCCGCCGGUGCCGCCGGCGCGCCCCCCACCGGUCGGCGCCGCGGCGGGCCGCGACCGGUCGCCGCCGCGACCGCCGCCGGGCGACGUCGACCUCCUCGUGGGCGAGCAGCGCGUCCAGCUCCAGGUGCGGCGACCGGCGCGAGACUCGAGGUGGCUUCGCUCGACCUGACGCGUCGACGGCGUGCGAGAGGGGCCGAGAUACUCGUCCGUGUCGCCUCCACGCCGUCGAGCGGACACGCGGACGCGGUGCACCCGCUGCCUCGACGGCGUAAAGGGGGGGCGGCCGCGUCGCCGCGCGUCGCCGCGCGUCGGCACGGAAGAGGCGGCUUCGGCCGGGCCGCCGGCGCGGCGAGGACGCGUCGAUGACGUCGCGUCGAUGGCAUCACGCGCGAAAAAAAACACGCGAAAAACACACAGGUGGCGAUGCAGGACGAGGACAUCGACGAGGCUCUCGUAAGGGAGCGCGAGGCCGAGCUGCGCAACAUCAACGCGGACGUGCACAAGGUCAACGAGAUUUUUAGGGAUCUCGCGACAUUGGUCGACAAGCAGCAGGACGACGUCGACAAAAUCGGGGAACUCGUCGAGCGGUCCCACGCGCACGCGGAGAAGGGUUUGGAUCAAGUCCAGAAGGCGGCGGCCAACCAGAGCUCCUGUGCGCUCAUGUAAUUAUCUCUAGUUAU